CUCCUCCAACAAAUACAAAACUCUUCCUCCUCCAUUCUCUCCUCUCCCCAAACCGAAACAUAAAUGUAACCCUCUACACCCAAAGAAAUGUCCCUCCCACGUCUACGGCCCACCGCCGCCCGCCUCCGAUACAGGAUCAAUACGCACAGCUCCAACUACUACAUCAACACCACCCCCUACGCCUUCACCCAACGGACCCCCUUCUCAACCACCCAAUUCCACCAUGCCUCAGCCCGAGAACCAAAUUUAUACGAAAUCCUUGACAUCCCACCCACCGCCUCCCAAUCCGAGAUCAAAAAACAAUUCUACACCCUCUCACUAAAGCACCACCCAGACCGAAACCGCGACGACCCUAGUGCCUCCUCCCGCUUUGCCCGAAUCUCCAGCGCCUACAACACACUCAGCAACGCCUCGAAACGUUCCAUCUAUGACCGCGACCACAACAUCCACACGCACAGCUCAACUCACAGCACCGCGAACCCAGGGCAACACCCAAUGGGCAGUUAUAGUAGCUACAGCGCGAAUCUGCACACGAAGGGGGCGUCGUACGCGGGAUCCAGACCGGCCAGCGGAUUGAGUAAACGGCGGGGUGCAUUUCGGGGUCCACCGCCAAGUUUCUAUGCGCAUGGCGGGUAUGGGAGUAGUAGGAGGCCGGGGCCAGGGGCGACGGCGGCGGGGGGAGGUGGCGGUGGGGAGAAGAAAACGAAAGUGGGCGAGGAGGAGGAUCCGGCAUCGUUUAUUGAUCGGAAUACUGUGUAUCAUUUCAAUGCGAGGGGGCAUUAUAAGACGCAGGCGAGGGAGGAUGAGAGGAGGCAGGAGCGGAGGUCGAGGGAGACUGGCGCCUCAAUUAAUGACAAAUUUAUUGGGAGCCCCGGAGCUUUGGCCGUGCGGUUCGUCGUGAUCUGUGGCAUCCUGAUGGGAGCGGGUGCUAUGUCGGGAUUGUUUCACAACGAUCGGGUUGGUGGCUCAAAAACGACCCCGUUGGCGCGGCGGAGGGAUGGCUAAUCCCGGGUCAUCUAUGUUUGUGUUUGAAAUGCAUCUAUGUCUUGGGAGCUGGCUGUCCGGGUACAUAGACAUUUCAUCUUGCGUGGGUUUAUUUGGAAAGGAGGGAUCCGAUGUGCAUCCGGUUACAGUUGGUUCUAUACCCGCGACUCGGCUCCGAGUCCACUUGUGUUAUAUAUGAUAGACUUGCUU